CCUCCACCACUACCUUCACAUGAUUCAACACCACCAGCUGAUCAUUUAUCUACAAGAAUAAACUUAGUGGGGGUGGAUUGGAAACCCAGAUUGACUUUGCUUCCACAUAGAGGAGGAGGAGGAGGAGGAGGGUGGGGAAACCAACAAAAGGAAAACACAGUCACUAAAGGAAAAAAGAUAAGGAGGAAGAAGAAGCAAACAAAUGAUGAUUCAUUGAUGACGUCGGACUGUGCUGUGGAUGAAGAGCAGAUGGCGUGUCUUCUCCUCCGGCGCAUUUGUCUUCUAUCUUAAAACACAGAAUCAAACUAGUUUUAAGUUAAAGUAAAACCAAAAAAUAAAUAGCAAGCAAAGCAACAGAGAUAAACCACUAGGAAGGACUACCAGUACUAGCACUAGUGUGUGUUAGUAUUCCUUCCUUUGAAGAAAAUUAAGCUGGAAAAUAAACAAAGUCGAGAAUAUCAAAUCAUAUCAUAUAGCAUAGGUGGAAAUGAGAGGAAGGGAUCAGAUUCUUCAGCUGCUGCUCCUGUAUGUGUUUUUGUCUGUGCUUCUAACAUUAGCAACGACGUCCUAUGGAGUCAAUGUGACUUACGAUCAUAGGGCCUUGUUGAUUGAUGGAAAACGCAGAGUCUUGGUCUCCGGUUCCAUUCAUUAUCCUCGCAGUACAGCCGAGAUGUGGGCUGACCUUAUACAAAAAUCUAAAGAUGGAGGGUUGGACGUUAUUGAGACUUAUGUUUUCUGGAAUGCACACGAGCCUGUUCAAAACCAGUAUAAUUUUGAAGGAAGAUAUGAUCUGGUGAAAUUUAUCAAGUUAGUGGGAGAAGCUGGACUUUAUGCUCAUCUUCGGAUUGGUCCGUAUGUCUGCGCAGAGUGGAAUUAUGGUGGGUUUCCUCUUUGGUUGCAUUUUGUACCGGGAAUCAAGUUUCGAACUGAUAACGAGCCAUUCAAGGCUGAGAUGCAGCGGUUUACGGCCAAGAUUGUGGACAUGAUGAAGCAGGAGAAGCUUUAUGCAUCUCAAGGAGGGCCCAUCAUUUUAUCGCAGAUUGAAAAUGAGUACGGAAACAUUGAUUCAUCCUAUGGACCUGCUGCUAAAAGCUAUAUCAAUUGGGCAGCAAGCAUGGCUGUGUCUCUGGAUACUGGAGUUCCCUGGGUUAUGUGCCAGCAAGCAGAUGCUCCUGAUCCCAUUAUAAACACCUGCAAUGGAUUCUACUGUGACCAGUUCACCCCCAAUUCUAAAAACAAACCCAAGAUGUGGACUGAGAAUUGGAGUGGAUGGUUCCUUUCCUUUGGCGGUGCUGUUCCCUAUAGACCUGUUGAAGACCUUGCAUUCGCUGUGGCACGGUUUUACCAGCUAGGGGGGACUUUUCAAAACUAUUAUAUGUACCAUGGUGGGACUAACUUUGGCCGGAGUACUGGUGGACCUUUUAUUUCUACAAGUUAUGAUUACGAUGCUCCUCUUGAUGAAUACGGACUUACAAGACAACCUAAGUGGGGUCAUCUGAAGGAUUUGCACAAGUCCAUAAAGCUUUGUGAAGAAGCAUUGGUGGCGACUGAUCCAGUAACUUCAUCUCUAGGUCAAAACUUGGAGGCUACUGUUUAUAAAACCGGAACUGGGCUAUGCUCUGCUUUUCUAGCCAAUUUUGGCACAUCUGACAAAACUGUAAAUUUCAAUGGCAAUUCAUACAACUUGCCUGGUUGGUCUGUGAGCAUCUUACCAGACUGCAAGAAUGUAGCUCUUAAUACAGCAAAGAUUAACUCUAUGACAGUGAUUCCAAGCUUUGUACAUCAAUCUCUAAAAGGAGAUGCGGAUUCUGCUGAUACACUUGGCUCUAGCUGGAGUUGGAUAUAUGAACCAGUAGGUAUCUCAAAGAAAGCAUUCGUGAAACCUGGACUAUUGGAGCAGAUAAAUACUACAGCUGAUAAAAGUGACUACUUAUGGUACUCACUGAGUACUGUUAUCAAAGAUAAUGAGCCUUUUCUUGAAGAUGGAUCUCAAACUGUUCUUCAUGUGGAGUCUCUUGGCCACGCCCUUCAUGCUUUUGUUAAUGGAAAGCUUGCAGGUAGUGGAACAGGAAAUGCUGGCAAUGCUAAGGUUGCAGUGGAGAUUCCUGUCACACUCUUACCUGGGAAGAACACUAUCGAUCUCCUUAGUUUGACUGCAGGACUUCAGAACUAUGGAGCUUUUUUUGAGUUAAAGGGUGCAGGGAUAACUGGUCCAGUAAAACUGGAAGGCCUGAAAAAUGGCACUACUGUUGACCUUUCUUCAUUGCAGUGGACAUAUCAGAUUGGACUUAAAGGUGAAGAAUUAGGCCUGUCUAGUGGAAAUUCUCAAUGGGUUACACAACCUGCCUUGCCCACGAAGCAGCCUUUGAUCUGGUACAAGACCAGUUUCAAUGCCCCUGCUGGAAAUGACCCAAUUGCAAUUGAUUUCUCGGGGAUGGGGAAGGGUGAGGCAUGGGUGAAUGGACAAAGCAUUGGACGUUAUUGGCCUACCAAGGUGUCUCCUAGUAGUGGUUGCUCCAGCUGCAAUUACAGAGGAUCUUACAGUUCAAGCAAAUGUCUCAAGAACUGUGCAAAGCCUUCUCAGACAUUAUACCAUGUGCCCCGUUCAUGGGUGGAAUCAAGUGGCAACACUCUUGUGUUGUUUGAGGAAAUUGGAGGGGAUCCAACUCAGAUAGCUUUCGCUACAAAACAGAGCGCAAGUUUGUGCUCUCACGUGUCAGAGUCUCACCCAUUACCGGUAGACAUGUGGAGCUCAAAUUCAGAAGCAGCAAGAAAAGCAGGGCCAGUACUAUCAUUGGAGUGCCCCUUCCCUAAUCAGGUCAUUUCUUCAAUCAAAUUUGCAAGCUUUGGAACCCCUCGUGGAACUUGUGGGAGUUUCAGUCACGGCCAGUGCAAAAGCACUAGGGCCCUUUCUAUUGUACAGAAGGCUUGCAUCGGAUCAAAGAGUUGCAGCAUUGGAGCUUCAGCUAGUACAUUUGGUGACCCAUGCAAAGGACUAGCAAAGAGUUUAGCAGUUGAAGCUUCCUGCGCAUAAGAUUUUGCUUGUUGGGACAAGCUAUUCAAGUGGCUCAGAAAAUGCAACUCAUGGAUGUUGGUUUUUACUAUCCAUCUUGUGCAACAAAAAUGUGAUUUAAUAAACAGACAGGAAAAAGGAAAAAGGAAAGAAAAGAAAAGCAAAGCAUUUAGUAAAUUAAAGACGAGCAAAUUUCCUGCUAUUAUUUAUCAUUUCAAUCCAAAGACAAAACUUACCAAACAGCAUACAAUUUUUAGUCAAAAGGGUACGAAUACAAUUUUUAUUUCUUCA